UACUCACUUUCUUCCUCUCUCUCUCUCUCUCUCUCUCUCUCUCUCUCUCUCUCUCUUUUCUUUUUCGCUGAAAGGGUUUGUGAUUGUACCAACUGUAUGUUAUGCGCUUUUCACCCCCUUUUUCUCUCCUCCUUCUUACGCAUAUAUAAAAGAGACCUUCCAUCGUCUCUUCCUUCAUUAUCAGCCUCAACCCUAAACCAGAGCCUUAAUUAUUCUUUAAGAGUAGUGAUAAAGGACAGCUUUUUCUGUGUAUGUAGAAUAGAGAAUGGCCGAUGUGAAGAACGGCCAGGAUAAUCAUCAGGGGAUAAAGCUGUUUGGGGCUACGAUCACGUUGCAUCGGGGGAGACAGGUGGAUCAGAAGGUGAAGGAGGAGGAGGAGGAUCGAACGACGCCGGAGAAGAGGCCGGACAAGAUCAUACCUUGUCCGAGAUGUAACAGCAUGGACACCAAGUUUUGUUACUUCAACAAUUACAACGUUAAUCAGCCCAGGCAUUUCUGUAAGGGCUGUCAGAGGUACUGGACUGCCGGCGGCGCCCUCCGGAACGUGCCCGUCGGAGCCGGCAGGAGGAAGGCAAAGCUUCCUUACCGUGAGGCUGCUGGCUUCUCGGAGGGGUAUAGCUACGAGGCAUCCGUCGACGGCGAUCACCGACGGUUUGGUUUGGAUGAGGGGUUGAAAAUUGUGGAGGAGUGGCACGUUGCGAUGGCUCAGAGUGGUUUCCGGCACCUUUUGCCGGCAAAACGGCAGAGGAACGACAUAGCCGGUCAACCUUUUUAACCUCUCUCUCCCUCUCUUCUCUCUUUUUCUCUUACGUUUCUUUCUUUUUCUUGUAUAUGAGAAUAUUAAAAAUUAAAAAAAAAAAAAAGCUCCAUCCAACUUUCAUGGGGCAUAUUAUCUUA